AUGCUUUUCGCAAACAUCAUCUCAGCUGUCGGUCUCGCCGCUAGCCUUGUCGGGGGUUCGCCCAUCCUUGCGACUCGUGACACAGCCGUUCCUACAGCAUCAACAGCAAUCGAACGGGGCUUGACGACCCACCCCAGUUUGCCUGCUGAGCACGACUGGGCUCUGACUUUCUCAAGCCCGGGCAACGAUGCAUGGACUCUCUACUUCAGUCUUGCUUGGGACCCCGCCACAAAGUCGUACAACAAACUCAACUACUUCCUGCCCAGCCAUGGCGGUGCAGCUCACUACAGAGGAUCUGGCUUCAACCAGCAGACGCCAGAGAGCACGUGGACCUUCGAGCGGGGCAACAUCUACGCAAUCACACUCGUUGUACGCUACGCGCAAGAUGACGGUACGGUGGUCAAAUAUUCAGUCAUCUCGGGCGGCUUUAAUGGCGAAGAUUUCAACCACACCGAUCUAACGAUCGACGGCGUAGUAAUUUCCAAGCUCUGA